AUGGCUCAAAAGUGUGUCCAUCAAGGUUGUGGAAAAGAGUUUACGGACCCUGAAGAGAAGUGCGAGUACCACCCCGGUCCGCCUAUUUUCCACGAGGGGCAGAAAGGAUGGAAAUGCUGUAAGCCUCGAGUUUUGACCUUUGAUGAGUUUAUGGACAUUCCGCCUUGCACGACUGGCACCCAUUCCACAACCGACAAGCCGCCCCAGAUCGAGGAAAAGCCUAAGCAGGAUGAUGCUGUACUCGCUCAGAAGAUCGAUGCGUUGAACGCCACUCCCUCCCGUGCGCCAGUCCCGACCGCUCAGCAUGCUGCCACUCCGCCUCCGCCAGCUCCGGAGUCAGAAGAUGACGACCCCAGUAUCGAAAUCGCCAAUGGUGUCGGCUGCAAGAGGAGGGCAUGUGGCGCAACUUACAAGAAGGGCAGCUCAAGAGAUGAUGAAGAGUGUGUUCAUCAUCCCGGUGUGCCAAUUUUCCACGAAGGCAGCAAAGGCUACACCUGCUGUAAGCGGAGGGUGUUAGAGUUUGACCAGUUCAUGAAGAUUGAGGGCUGUAAGACCAAGAACAGACAUUUGUUCAUCGGCAAUGGGAAGAAGGACAGUCCCGAUAGCGAGGAGGUCGUUUCUGAUGUCAGACACGACUUCUACCAGACCCCGGUCAACGUUAUCGCAUCCUUCUUCUUAAAGAAGAUCGAUAAGAGUGCAUCUAAUAUCGAGUUAAAGCCGAAGCAGUUGAACCUCGAUCUCACGACAACCGACUCACCUCCCAAGCGCUACACUGCCGAAAUCCCCCUCCAUGGAUCGAUUGACCCCGAGAAGUCAUCGUACAGAAUUCUUGGUACGAAGCUGGAGUUUGCUCUUUCCAAGUCAGACGGUACCUCGUGGCCAGUAUUGCGUGGCGACGAGGCCUUGACAGGCGAGAUCCUGCAGAUUGGCCGUGCUGGGAGGGCGUGA